CAGUUAAGACCCCCUUUCAGUUCCUCUUAUGCUGCCGACUCCACCGACACCAGCUGAUCUCUCCAUCACUUCGCCUUAGAUUCCUAACGCUUCCCCCGGAUGUAAACGGACUUGCGUUUCGGCUCUACAACUGACUCGAUAUUUGUACAGGAUUAUUUCCAUAGUGUGUGGACUUCCAUCAAGUGGCUUGUUUCUGCUUUCUUACGCACAAGAUGGAUUCAGGCCCUGUGGGAAGACUGCAGAAACAAACAAGACACCAUACUUCACCACAGUGACAGAUACGAGAGGAAGAUCAUCUCCUGGAUUCAGCUGUUGCACUGACGAAGGAACUGAAACAAGGUUUUUCCAGCGCUCUGUCAGUGUCCUGCGCCGUGUUCCUUCCCAUGGACCUCAGGGUGGGAGAGCGGGGGACCCCGCUGCACCAGCCACUGCUCCUCACACCCUUCUCCCCACAAGGCCGCAGUGCCUUCUCCCAGCAGCAGCAGCAGCUGCAUCAGCAAAUCAGGUUUAACAUGGAGCAGAGGAGACGGGAGCAGGAGCACCAUGAGAAACAUCAGGAACUACAACAGCUAAUGCACAAAGACAGAAGCCAGCAGAGCGCUGUGGCGAGUUCGGUGGUGAAACAGAAACUCCAGGAGGUGAUUCUCAAGAAGCAGAAGCAGGCGGCGCUUGAAAGAACAAACUCAAACGCCUUGAAUGCACAUCCUGUACCCUACAGAAAGCUUGGCCCAGACCCCAACGUCCCCGCCCAGCCUCUGGUCUCAUCUCCACCACAGCCUCCAUCUGACGGCCUGGAGGGGACGCCGCUGCGCAGAGCAGCAUCAGAGCCCAAUCUGAAGGUGAAGCACAAGUUGAAGAACCACCUAAAAACACGAAAGAGUCCGCUCACCCGCAAGGAAAGCGCCCCGCCCACCAUCAAGCACCGAGCAUCGGACACACUGGACUCUUCCCCCAGCAGCAGCAGCACUCCGGUCUCUGGCUGUAGUUCUCCUAAUGACAGUCUGCCCAACGAGAAUGGACUGCUGCCCUCUGCAGGCGGGCCUCUGCAUGAGGCUCAGAAGUUGCUGCUCAGAGAUGGGACCUUGUCUAACUUCACCAUCCAGAAUCCAUCCACUCUGCCCACCAUCACACUGGGACUGCCAGUCAACCCCAGGGCUGAGGUGGAGCUCUCUUCGCUCAAGAUGAGCCGUAUUCCUGUGGUCGCUGCCGGGGGCUCGCCUGUCUUCCUGCCGCUCAGCAGAGACGACCAGGCAGGCCAGAUGAACCCACACCUGCCUGUCAUCAUCCUAGAGCCUUCCGGACUCAUGCACACGCUGGGUGCAGUGCCAGGCCUCGACCCCGUCCCUUUGCAGUUCGUGUCACAGUUAGACCGCCUGUCUCCAGGCGGCGUUCAGGCCCACAAGCCACUGAGCAGAACCCGUUCGGAGCCCCUUCCCCAGAGCCCGCGGGCCCUCCACAACCACCUCCUCCAGCAGCAGCACAACGCGCAGCUGCUGGAGAGGCUCAAGCAGCAGACGCACCUGGGAAAGCUGAUGUCCAAGUCCAGCGAGAAGCCCAGACUGCAUCAGAUCCCGUCUGAGGAUAUGGAUUCUGAGGAUGGCGGUGGAGCUUCACCCACGGAGACCAGCUACCAGAGCAGAGUGCGGGCGGAGUCACUGAGGGAGGCGGAGCCAACCGGAUCCAAAGCCCAUGAAGAGCAAAUCAACCUACAGCAUGCACUCAUACUCAACCAGUCCUUGCUAUAUGAACAGCAGAAGCAGCUGCAGCAGAUGCAUCAGCAGAUGGAAACCCUGGCUGUGCCUGUUUUCCGCGGCGGCGGGCCGGCCUGCGUGCCUGGCGGCCAUCGGGCGCUGUCGCGUACGCGCUCGUUGCCGGCCUCCACCUCGCUCACUUCGCCUGAGAACACCCUGAGUCUGACGGCGCAGGACACUGUCAGCAAACCCCGCUUCACCACCGGGCUGGUUUAUGACUCUCAGAUGCUAAAACACCAAUGCACAUGUGGAGACAACAGCAGUCACCCAGAGCAUGCUGGGAGAAUACAGAGCAUCUGGUCACGAUUGCAAGAAAGAGGCCUGAGAGGGCAGUGUGAGAGUAUCCGCGGCCGGAAGGCCAACCUGGAGGAGCUGCAGUCGGUCCACACGGAGCGCCACGUGUUGCUUUACGGCACAAACCCCCUCAACAGGCUGAAACUGGACAACCGUAAACUGGCUGGAAUUCUCUCGCAAAGGAUGUUUGUCAUGUUGCCAUGCGGCGGAGUCGGGGUGGACAAUGACACCAUCUGGAACGAGUCGCAUACUUCCACGGCAUCACGUAUGGCAGCGGGCAGCGUCGUUGAGCUGUCAUUCAGGGUGGCCAAAGGAGAGCUCAAGAACGGCUUUGCUGUGGUAAGACCUCCAGGACAUCACGCCGACCCCUCCAACCCAAUGGGUUUCUGUUAUUUUAACUCUGUUGCCAUAGCUGCCAAGCAGCUCCAGCAGAAGCUCAGUGUCAGCAAGAUCCUCAUCGUCGACUGGGAUGUUCACCAUGGUAACGGCACCCAGGAGGUGUUCUACAGCGACCCCAGCGUUCUGUACAUUUCACUUCAUCGCUAUGAUGAUGCAAACUUCUUCCCUGGCAGCGGUUCACCAACUGAGGUCGGUUCUGGAGCCGGUGAGGGCUUCAACGUGAACAUAGCCUGGACCGGAGGCUUGGUCCAGCCUAUGGGAGAUGCUGAGUACCUUGCUGCGUUCAGGUCUGUGGUGAUGCCCAUCGCUCAGGAGUUUUCUCCAGAUGUGGUUUUGGUGUCGGCUGGGUUCGACGCAGCUGAGGGGAACCCUGCUCCUCUGGGCGGGUACAAAGUCUCUGCCAAGUGCUUCGGCUUCCUGACCCGCCAGCUCAUGUCCCUCGCUGGAGGCCGUCUGAUUCUGGCCCUUGAGGGAGGUCAUGACCUCACAGCCAUCUGUGACGCAUCUGAAGCUUGCGUCAGUGAACUACUGGGUAUGCAGGACGCAAUGCCAGAGGAUGUUCUGCUCCAAAAACCCAACGCCAACGCAGUGCGCUCCCUCCAGACUGUGAUAGAAAUACAAAGUCAGUACUGGCAGAGUGUGAAGGCCCACAGCGGGUCGGUGGGCAGGUCAUACGUUGCCGCUCAGGGUAAGGACUGCGAAGAGACAGACGCCGUAAACGCUUUGGCCUCGCUCUCUGUGGGAGUCAUCUCCAACAAGAGGCUCCUGGACGAGCCGAUGGAUCACGAAAGCGACUCCAUGUAGGAGAACUCACAGAAAUUCAAGAAAAAAAUGUGCCUCACCAACCACAGGUUCUCCAUGGCACUGUCUGGGUUUUUUCAAUGCCACUGAGCCCUUCUCCUUCUUCCCCACACCAGUUAGCCUUCUUCACACUCAACCGCACCAGCCAAUACACAAGAUCAAACCUCAGAUCUGGUAACCACUUGUAGCACUACCUGCAGCUGAGAAACCUUGGGAAACCUCACCAAAGAGCAAUUCAAGUCCACUCUGACAGACUCCUCAUCUCUCCUGACUGACAGCCACUCAAAUAGCUAUGGGAGACAAAAAAAAUAAAUAGUUUUUGAGAUCAGCUGGGAUUCUCCUUGAAGCACUGUGCACCAGCAGCUGAUAUGAUGCCUUAACUUCACCCCCGUUUUUUUUUUUUUUGUGUGUGUGUUGUUGUAAAGCAUCAGCAUCAGGUUUCACAGUGAGGAGGACUUCACAUGUGAGAGCUGGAGCAAAUGCUGACCAAACGGGACGAUGAACGGACACACCGUGUCGGAUGCCCGACAGGUCAACACAUGACAACAUCGCAAAGAAGACGGCGACAAAGAGAAGUGUGCUGAGACAGUUUAACCACUAGACCAUGACGGUAAAGAACUCAAGAAAAAGAGAAUGAAUGAAGACACCAAAUGGACAACUGUGGUUUUUAUGGAGAAAAAAAAGGACAAUUGUCCUUUGU